AUGGAAGUGUUGAUGCUCUGGCUUUUCCCCUGGAUAUUUCAGUGCGUUUCGGUGCGGGCGGACUCCAUCAUCCACAUUGGUGCCAUUUUCGAAGGCAAUGCUGCCAAGGACGACGAGGUGUUCAAGCAGGCGGUGUCGGAUCUGAACCUCAAUGACGACAUCCUCCAGAGCGAGAAAAUCACUUACUCCAUCAAGCUCAUAGAGGCCAACAAUCCCUUCCAUGCGGUGCAGGAAGCCUGCGACCUGAUGACCCUGGGGAUCUUAGCCCUGGUGACGUCGACGGGCUGCGCGUCGGCCAACGCGCUGCAGUCGCUGACGGACGCCAUGCACAUCCCGCACCUGUUCGUGCAGCGCAGCACGGGCGGCUCCCCGCGCACUGCCUGCCAGCUCAACCCCAGCCUGGAGGACGAGGAGUACACCCUGGCCGCGCGCCCGCCCGUGCGCCUCAACGAUGUCAUGCUCAAGCUGGUCACCGAGCUGCGCUGGCAGAAGUUCAUCGUCUUCUACGACAGCGAUUAUGAUAUACGUGGACUGCAGGGAUUUCUCGAUCAGGCCUCCAGGCUGGGACUUGAUGUAUCCUUACAAAAAGUGGACAGGAAUAUCAGCAGAGUAUUUUCCAACCUUUUUACCACCAUGAAAACGGAAGAGCUGAACCGCUAUCGGGACACGUUGCGAAGGGCCAUCUUACUCCUGAGCCCACGGGGAGCCCAGACUUUUAUUAAUGAGGCUGUGGAAACCAACCUUGCAUCAAAGGAUAGUCACUGGGUCUAUGUAAAUGAGGAAAUCACUGAUAAUGAAAUAUUAGAGUUGGUGCAUAGUGCUCUGGGGAGGAUGACAGUUAUCCGGCAAAUUUUCCCUCUGUCAAGGGACAACAACCAGAGGUGCAUGAGAAACAACCACCGAAUAUCAUCCCUGCUGUGUGAUCCACAGGAAGGCUAUCUUCAGAUGCUGCAGGUUUCCAACCUGUACCUGUAUGACAGUGUGCUCAUGCUGGCCAAUGCUUUCCACAGAAAACUGGAGGACAGGAAGUGGCACAGCAUGGCAAGUCUGAACUGCAUGAGGAAAUCCACCAAACCUUGGAACGGAGGAAGAUCAAUGCUAGAAACUAUUAAGAAGGGCCACAUAACUGGGCUAACUGGUGUUAUGGAGUUCAGAGAAGAUGGAGCCAACCCCUAUGUCCAAUUUGAAAUACUGGGCACCAGCUACAGUGAAACAUUCGGCAAAGAUGUGCGGAGGUUGGCGACAUGGGACUCUGAGAAAGGACUGAAUGGCAGCCUCCAAGAGCGACGUCUGGGCAACGACUUACAAGGAGUGACACUCAAAGUGGUGACUGUCUUGGAAGAACCUUUUGUAAUGGUGGCAGAGAACAUCCUUGGGCAACCAAAACGAUAUAAAGGAUUUUCCAUUGAUGUCCUGGAUGCACUGGCCAAGAAUCUGGGCUUCAAGUAUGAGAUAUAUCAAGCUCCUGAUGGCAAAUAUGGACACCAGCUCCAAAACAGCUCCUGGAAUGGCAUGAUUGGAGAACUCAUUAACAAGAGAGCAGACCUGGCCAUCUCAGCCAUCACUAUAACACCCGAGCGGGAGAGCGUGGUGGACUUCAGCAAGCGCUACAUGGACUAUUCUGUGGGGAUCUUAAUCAAGAAGCCCGAGGAGAAAAUCAACAUCUUCUCUCUCUUCGCUCCUUUCGACUUCGCGGUGUGGGCGUGCAUCGCCGCAGCCAUCCCGAUCGUCGGGGUGCUGAUCUUCGUGCUGAACCGGAUCCAGGCCGUGAGGGCGCAGAGCGCGGCGCAGCCCAGCCCGUCCGUGUCCUCCACCCUGCACAGCGCCAUAUGGCUGGUGUACGGGGCCUUCGUCCAGCAAGGGGGUGAGUCCACUGUCAAUUCUGUGGCGAUGCGCAUUGUAAUGGGAAGCUGGUGGCUCUUCACCCUUAUUGUGUGUUCUUCCUACACAGCGAAUUUAGCAGCAUUUCUCACAGUAUCAAGGAUGGAUAAUCCCAUAAGAACAUUUCAGGAUCUGUCCAAACAAAUGGAUAUAUCUUAUGGUACAGUCAGGGACUCAGCAGUGUAUGAAUACUUUAAAGCAAAAGGGACCAACCCUUUGGAGCAGGAUAACACAUUUGCUGAACUGUGGAGGACUAUCAGUAAGAAUAAUGGGGCAGAUAAUUGCGUAUCAAACCCUUCUGAAGGCAUCAGAAAGGCAAAGAAAGGAAAUUAUGCUUUCCUGUGGGAUGUGACAGUGGUGGAAUAUGCUGCACUGACAGAUGAUGAAUGCUCUGUGACAGUCAUUGGAAACAGCAUCAGCAGCAAAGGCUAUGGGAUAGCACUCCAACAUGGAAGUCCCUACAGAGAUCUUUUCUCCCAGAGGAUCCUAGAGUUGCAAGAAAGUGGAGAUUUGGAUGUUCUUAAACAGAAGUGGUGGCCACGGAUGGGACGUUGUGACCUGAAUAGCCAUACCAAUGCACAGACAGAUGGGAAGGCACUCAAGCUGCACAGUUUUGCAGGGGUUUUCUGCAUUUUAGCAAUAGGCCUUCUUCUUGCUUGCUUGGUGGCAGCAUUGGAGUUGUGGUGGAACAGCAACCGUUGUCAUCAAGAAACGCCGAAAGAGGUCCAUAACUUUUAUUCUUAUCACAAUUAAAAGUAGAAAACACAAAAGAAAGAGAGAGCAAGUGGAAG